AUAAAUAAGCCGACAGACAGCAGGACUAGUUUCUAUUCCGCGAAUAUACGAUACUCGAAAGAUCUUACCUGGAUUUCAAAACUGCAAACAUGAGUUCAUCUAUAUGCGCAGAGAAUGGUAGUGGCAGUAAGCAGGUGAAGAAGAACGCAAUCCUGGUAGAUGGAGUUUCUCUGAACGGUCCCAUCCUGGACUCCAAGGCUGGAGAGCGCUUUGUGGAGGAGGCCUUCCCUAUCAUCAUGGAAGAGGCCAUAAGGAAGGCCACGGAUGUCAGUGAGAAGGUGUGUGAGUGGCAGACCCCUGAGGAACUGAAGCAGUGUCUGGAUCUGGACCUGAGGGAAGAUGGUGAACCUCCCCAACAAAUCCUGAAGCGCUGCAAGGAUGUCAUCAAAUACAGUGUCAAAACAGCUCACCCCAGAUUUUUUAACCAGUUGUAUGCUGGAAUGGAUCACUACUCACUGGUUGCACGCUUUAUUACAGAAGCUAUCAAUCCCAGUGUGUAUACAUUUGAGGUGUCCCCAACCUUUGUGAUGAUUGAGGAAGUUGUUUUGAAGAAGAUAAUUGAAUACGUAGGCUGGGAAGAAGGAGGUGAUGGUAUUUUCAGUCCAGGAGGUUCUGUUUCCAAUAUAUAUGCUGUGAAUUUGGCCAGAUACAAGAACUGCCCCAGUAUAAAAGACGAAGGGCUUUACGGUAUGCCAAGGCUGGUUAUGUUCACGUCAGAAGAGUGCCACUAUUCAAUACGCAAAGCUGCUGCCUUCCUCGGUAUUGGCACAAAGAACGUUUAUGUCGUCCCAGCUGACGAAAGAGGUAAGAUGAUUCCCGAGGAGCUAGAGAAACAAGUCCAACGAGCGGUGAAGGAGGGGGCUGUUCCAUUCAUUGUCUGUGCCACUGCUGGCACCACAGUACUGGGGGCCUUCGACCCUCUUGAGAAGAUUGCAGACAUCUGCCAAAAGCAUGGACUCUGGUUCCAUGUUGAUGCAUCAUGGGGUGGUGGAGCUCUGAUGUCAAAGAAACACUGCCAUCUUCUGAAUGGCAUUCAAAGAGCUGACUCGGUGGCCUGGAACCCACACAAGAUGCUCAUGGCUGGUCUCCAAUGCUGUGCGUUCUUGGUGAAAGACAAGACAGGCCUCUUUGAGAAGUGUCACUCGUCCCAGGCCUCCUACCUCUUCCAGCAGGAUAAGUGCUAUGAUGUCAGCUAUGACACGGGAGACAAGUCAAUACAGUGCAGCCGCCGGGCAGACGCCUUCAAGUUCUGGCUCAUGUGGAAGGCUGUAGGAGCCCGGGGUCUGGAAGAGAGGGUCAACAGGGCUCUUGCAUUAGCCAGGUAUUUAGCUGAAGAAAUCAAGAACAAAGAAGGGUUUCGUCUGAUUUUGGAGCCUGAGUAUGCAAAUGUGUGCUUUUGGUACAUCCCACCCAGCCUGAGGGACAUGUCAGAUGGCCCAGAGUUUUGGAAGAAACUUCACCAGGUGGCUCCAGUGAUCAAGGAGAGGAUGAUGAAAAAGGGCUCCAUGAUGGUGGGCUACCAGCCUCACGGGGACAAAGUGAACUUCUUCCGACAAAUUAUCAUCAGCCCGCAGGUGAGCCUGGAGGACAUGGACUUUGUGCUGCAGGAGAUUGAGGCUCUCGGCAAGGACUUGUAAUGGCUUGGAGGCCAGCUCCAGUAAAAUCAGCCCACCUGUUUAAACCAGCAACCAACAAGGGCAAGCCUGAUCUUGAGACCCACACUUGAGAAUUAAAGAAUCCAAACAACAGUGGCACUCCGACAGACUGUCAGUAUAUACAAGUGUAAGACUGGGAGAGUGGGGUGCUGUCCGGAUAGUAAUGAAUGUGUAUGUACUGUACAUAGUUAGAGGCGUGCUGAUCUAAAAGAGUGAACUGUAUAAUUAGUUAAAAUUAAAUAUUAGUAUUUAUUCCUUUAUUUUAAUUAUAUAAUUUGUUUGCUUGGACCAAGGUGAAUCCAACUUAUGCAAAUAUCGACUACCUAAAGCAAAACUUUGUUACAUAUUAACCACAUGUGUGCAUUUGUCUUUGGAACUGUUACAUUUUACAUGUAUAUGUUACAGUUACAAUGUACAAAAAUGUUACAGGCUUUAGGCUGUUAAUAUGAUUUGCUCUGUCGGUAUAACCCUUGUUAUAUUACCUGCCUACUGUACUUUAGACAAGACAAUACUACUUCUGCUAAUUGGUAAUUCCCCUUGUAAUUUAACUCACUCACACACACACCUUAUAAUAAUAACAAUAUCAUCAUACGGAUUGUAAUGUUUUAUUUUGUGUAUUGUAAAUUAACAUAGUGCACUGGAGUUCCUUUUUUUGUUUAGAGUAGUUUAGUUUCUAAUCAUUAUCUUAUCAUCAAUUCCUGCUGGUUCAGAUUUAGCCUUCUAUCCCCCUUAGUUCCACAUCACAUGAGAUGCUGGUACUCUAUUCAGUAACAUUUAACUGUUAUGAUUUAGGUAUUGACAGAGUAACACAGUAAUAUGUGCAAUUCAUACAAUGUCACAGCACUAAAUCAGGAAAAUAUAUGGGGAGCAUAGGGGAAAAUACAGUGAAAAAUAGUUUACAGUUUUAGAUUUCAUCAAUGUUUUUCUUUUUUUUUUUUGCUAAAGUGUGGUUUUCUGUUAAAUUAUAUAUAAAUUGUGUUAAGUUAAAGUGUAGCCAGGUUUGUUGGAAGUAAAUAUGGCAUUCCUUUCUUGUUGGCUGUGUGUAAUAAUAUCUUUACCAGCCAUGAAGAUCAUAGCUACAAUCUGGAGAAAACUAUCUGUAUGCAAUAUCUUGUUCAUAGAAGAUGAUUAAUACAAUUUGUUUAUGAUAUAUCAUAGAAUGGAGAAUUGUUUAUUUAUUUAAGUAAUGUUUUAUAAAACAAUAUUGAAUUCUGAUGUUUAGCUUAUGAUGAAUUGACAGAUUGUUGUUCACCACAAUGAAACAUGUUUCCCUUAA